GGCUCAGUGUUUUUGUAUUUGCCGCUGUGCUGGGAGGAUGGCGGUAGAGAAGCUUUGCUGUGCAUUUUGCAAAGAUACUUGCGAAUCAAGUGAGACGGGGCCGUUGUUAAAAAAGGAGGACGUCUGUGCACACGAAUUUUGUAUGCUAUAUUCAUCUAACCUUACUACUCAAAAUUCACCUGAAGGUGAUGAUUUAGCUGGAUUUUCGCUGGAAGAUGUGAAGGAAGAAUUGAAGAGAGGGAGAAAACUGCGCUGCCCCUCGUGUAAACGAAAUGGAGCUACUAUUGGCUGUGAAAUUAAGAAAUGCCCAAAAUCUUAUCAUUACCUAUGUGCAAAAAAAGAAGAAGCUGUAUUGUUUGAAAAUGAAGUCAAAUGUACUUUUGAACUUUAUUGCAAGAAGCAUGCUGAUAGGUGCCCCAAAGGGAGCGGAAAAAAAAUUGAUUGUGACACCAAGGAAUUUAAAGCAGUUGGGAGUCCUGUUAAGAGUGAAUCGAGUUCAUUAAAAAGAAAUCGGACUGUGAAGUCUAGGAAGAGGAAGAGGAACAAGUCUAUUGAGGACUCUGACAGUGAAUUUCAUCUGUCCUCAUGUGAGAGCGAGGCUACUGAUGACAGUAUAGAUUAUGAUAUGCCAAAGAAGCUCAAAAGACAUUACUACUACAACAGCAUCACCCACUCAAGCACAAACACAAAUUAUAAAAGAGGAGAAAAAGCUUCUAGAUUGGUUAAUGAUAAGAAAGUUGUGAUGAAUCGUACAACUUCAAGUCCAAUGCACUGUCAUGUUCCAAAAAUAGGCAAUGAACAGUCUCCGAGUGGAAACCAUCAGUAUGAAAAUGGCAAAGAUUAUUCUGGAGAAGAUAGUGAUGACACUCAUGUGAGUUCUGUUAUGGACGAAAAUGAAGACCAGUCUGAAAGUAACCGCUCUGAAAGUAUCUUGGACCCAGUGCUGUUGAUGACCCAACGCUCAACAGGAGGCGGUCACCAGCCAUUAGACUUGCAUCAAGCAAAAGAAGCAGAAUUCUGGCAGCUGUGCCAAAAAACUGGAUGUGUAGAGAAGAUCUUUUCCAAAAUCACGGCUGAGCUAACAACUGUUUCCAUGAAGAUUACUAAUCACAGUGCCAGUGAGAAUGAUUACAAGUUUGCCUUUGCAGUAGUAAUGGCCUCUGGUCUUCUUCCACAGAUCGCAUCAGAAAAUGAAGCCGAGAUUGAAGAAAAACUGAAAAACAUGCAGAAAGAGCAGAACCUGUUGACACAAGCAAAGUCUGCAAUGCAGGAAAUGAAUGCAAAGAUGAAUCAAUGGCAACCUUAACAGCGGCCUUAAUCCAGAUGGAGUUGUAGACCCACACUUGUAUAUGUAACGGUGUAAUGAUGAGAUUUGAUUCAAACAGGUCUGCAGAUGAGCAUUCCUGUUGACUGUCCUUGGAGCUGCUUGCCUUACUUCUAUUCUAUAUUUCUUUAUCCCAUUCUUGCCUCAUUGUUAGGCUCUUGACUGUCACUUUGUCUCGCUUCUGUUGGCCUUUUGCCUUCACAAACUUGUUAAUCUACCUCAUCUUGUGUGGUUGCUUUCUAUUGGAGGAGCAUUUUUGCCUCUGUCUCUGCUGCUGUCCUAAUACCAUUCUGCUCAUAGAAGCUGCAUCAGAUUCUCCUCAACAUUUUAAGUCAGUUUUAGAGUAGAGUCGAAUGGCAUGGCUUACAUACUGUACUAGUGUCAUCCUCAAUGACACACUGAAAAAUGCACGAGAUGUAUUUGUUCUGGGGUAUUUAGCUUUAUUAGUUCAACUAUUUCCCAUGCAAUCUUGUGUUUUUCUUUUCUUUAACUUUUUGCACAUGUGUUAAUAGCAACCCUUACUUUUAACUAUGCAUUCUGCACUUUUUCUAACAAACUGUUUGCUACUCCUGAAAACAGAAGUGUUUUAUCAGUUUGCUCCUGCUAAGGUGUCAGCAAAUCAUGUCUGAAUGUUUUAUGCCUGCUGACUGAUUUUUUUGUUCACUUAUCCUCUGCAUCUUUCAUCUGCAUUUCAUACUCUGAAGUAUCUUCUGUUAAGAAAAUUGACGUCAUGCCAGAUACACAGUUUUUAAAUCAUAGAAUUGUUGGAAUCAGAAAAAUGCAAUUGAUUCACUUUUUAGAGACGCAUUGAAUUGUUUUUAAAAUGUUUCUUUUCACAUUUUGCACAAAGAUAAGUACCGACAAUACCAAGAUUUGUGAUUAACAAGUUUAAAACCAUGUUACUGUAAGUAGCUUUCAGAUAUUGGCACUUUGGUGCAUGGUGAUGUGGGGGGGCUGUUCUUUCUUUGGUACAACUUAUUUUAUGCCAUUUGUAUCAUCCAGAUUCAUAGCAGCAUCUUGAGAGGAAUUCUGAAAAGAGUGAAAUGUGUUGCUGAAAAGAACAGUAAAUGAACCACAACCUUGUAGCAUACUGUGUAGACCAGAUGUAUUUGAAAGUUACCUUAAGUGGGUACGACUUUAUUUUUCAAGGAUGUACACAAUACAGGUAGGCAAAGUGUAGAUUUCUUUCAGAGUGUCACUGACAUUUCAUUUUGUCCAUAAACUUUUUCAGUGAUAAAUUCCUAUGGAUAUGAUCUUUACUGUUAAAUGAUAAAAACGCAAGAAAUUAACAAAGAGAAAAUAGGUUGAAAAAUAUUGCUUAAAAGUGGACAUUCUCUAUUGAAAUUUACCUCAUUUGCUUUUAAGGUGCAUAGCCUGUUGUCUCUGGAAGACAAAACAGUGCCUUAAAUCUGAGUAAAGAAGAAAGAACCCGGGAGUUUAUGGGUCAUCAUGGUGUUACAAUUGCCAGUACGACCAAGUUCUAGAUAUUAAACCCA